AUGGAGCCGGGGGGCCGGGCCCGCACCGGUCCCCCGCAGCCGGCGGCCCGCGGGCUGUGGAGGGCUCGGCCGGCGGGCGGCGGCGGCGGCGGCGGGGGCGCCUCCUCCUGGCUGCUGGACGGGAACAGCUGGCUGCUGUGCUAUGGCUUCCUCUACCUGGCGCUCUACGCGCAGGUGUCCCAGUCCAAGCCGUGCGAGAGGACGGGCUCCUGCUUCUCGGGCCGCUGUGUCAACUCCACCUGCCUCUGCGACCCGGGCUGGGUGGGGGACCAGUGCCAGCACUGCCAGGGCAGGUUCAAGUUAACAGAACCUUCUGGAUAUUUAACAGAUGGUCCAAUUAACUAUAAGUAUAAAACUAAAUGUACAUGGCUAAUUGAAGGCUAUCCAAAUGCAGUGUUAAGAUUAAGAUUCAAUCAUUUUGCUACAGAAUGUAGCUGGGAUCAUAUGUAUGUUUAUGACGGAGAUUCAAUAUAUGCACCUUUAAUAGCUGUACUUAGUGGUUUGAUAGUCCCUGAAAUAAGGGGAAAUGAAACCGUGCCUGAAGUUGUUACAACAUCUGGCUAUGCACUGUUACAUUUUUUUAGCGAUGCAGCAUAUAAUCUAACUGGUUUCAACAUUUUCUAUUCAAUCAAUUCUUGUCCUAACAAUUGCUCUGGUCAUGGGAAGUGUACAACUAGUAUCUCUGUUCCAAGUCAAGUAUAUUGUGAAUGUGAUAAAUACUGGAAGGGUGAAGCUUGUGAUAUUCCUUACUGUAAAGCUAAUUGCGGCAGUCCAGAUCAUGGUUACUGUGACCUGACAGGAGAAAAAUUGUGUGUCUGCAAUGAUAGUUGGCAAGGUCCUGAUUGUUCUUUGAAUGUUCCUUCUACUGAGUCUUACUGGAUUCUGCCAAAUGUUAAACCCUUCAGUCCUUCUGUAGGUCGGGCUUCACACAAAGCAGUUUUACAUGGAAAAUUUAUGUGGGUGAUUGGUGGAUAUACUUUUAACUACAGUUCUUUUCAAAUGGUCCUGAAUUACAAUUUAGAAAGCAGUAUAUGGAAUGUAGGAACUCUAUCAAGGGGACCUCUCCAGAGGUAUGGACACUCUCUGGCUUUAUAUCAGGAAAACAUCUUUAUGUAUGGAGGCAGAAUUGAGACAAAUGAUGGCAAUGUCACAGAUGAAUUAUGGGUUUUUAACAUACAUAGUCAGUCAUGGAGUACAAAAACUCCUACUGUUAUUGGACAUGGUCAGCAGUAUGCUGUGGAGGGACAUUCAGCACAUAUUAUGGAGUUGGAUAGUAGAGAUGUUGUCAUGAUCAUAAUAUUUGGAUAUUCUGCAAUAUAUGGUUAUACAAGCAGCAUACAGGAAUACCAUAUCUCAUCAAAUACUUGGCUUGUUCCAGACACUAAAGGAGCUAUUGUACAAGGUGGAUAUGGCCACACCAGUGUGUAUGACGAAAUAACAAAGUCCAUUUAUGUUCACGGAGGCUACAAAGCAUUACCAGGCAACAAAUACGGAUUGGUGGAUGAUCUUUAUAAGUAUGAAGUUAACACUAAGACUUGGACUAUUUUGAAAGAAAGUGGGUUUGCCAGAUACCUUCAUUCAGCUGUUCUUAUCAAUGGAGCUAUGCUUAUUUUUGGAGGAAAUACCCAUAAUGACACUUCCUUGAGUAACGGUGCAAAAUGUUUUUCUGCCGAUUUCCUGGCAUAUGACAUAGCUUGUGAUGAAUGGAAAAUAUUACCAAAACCAAAUCUUCAUAGAGAUGUCAACAGAUUUGGACACUCUGCAGUAGUCAUUAAUGGGUCCAUGUACAUAUUUGGGGGAUUUUCUAGUGUUCUCCUUAAUGAUAUACUUGUAUACAAGCCUCCAAAUUGCAAAGCUUUCAGAGAUGAAGAACUUUGUAAAAAUGCUGGUCCAGGGAUAAAAUGUGUUUGGAAUAAAAAUCACUGUGAAUCUUGGGAAUCAGGGAAUACUAAUAAUAUUCUUAGAGCAAAGUGCCCUCCUAAAAUAGCUGCUGCUGAUGACAGAUGUUACAGAUAUGCAGAUUGUGCCAGCUGUACUGCCAAUACAAAUGGGUGCCAAUGGUGUGAUGAUAAGAAAUGCAUUUCGGCAAACAGUAACUGCAGUAUGUCUGUCAAAAACUACACCAAAUGUCAUGUGAGAAAUGAACAGAUUUGUAACAAACUUACCAGUUGUAAAAGCUGUUCACUAAACUUGAAUUGCCAGUGGGAUCAGAGACAACAAGAAUGCCAGGCUUUACCAGCUCACCUUUGUGGAGAAGGAUGGAAUCAUAUUGGGGAUGCUUGUCUUAGAAUCAAUUCCAGUAGAGAAAGCUAUGACAAUGCAAAACUUUAUUGCUACAAUCUUAGUGGAAAUCUUGCUUCGCUAACAACCUCAAAAGAAGUAGAAUUUGUUCUGGAUGAAAUACAGAAGUAUACACAACAGAAAGUAUCACCUUGGGUAGGCUUGCGCAAGAUCAAUAUAUCCUAUUGGGGAUGGGAAGACAUGUCUCCUUUUACAAACACAACACUACAGUGGCUUCCUGGUGAACCAAAUGAUUCUGGGUUCUGUGCAUAUCUAGAAAAGGCUACAGUGGCAGGCUUAAAAGCUAAUCCUUGUACAUCUAUGGCAAACGGGCUUAUCUGCGAAAAACCAGUUGUUAGUCCAAAUCAAAAUGCAAGGCCAUGCAAAAAGCCAUGCUCUCUAAGGACAUCGUGUUCCAACUGUACAAGCAACGGCAUGGAGUGUAUGUGGUGCAGCAGUACAAAACGAUGUGUUGACUCUAAUGCUUAUAUAAUCUCUUUUCCAUAUGGACAGUGUCUAGAGUGGCAAACUGCCACCUGCUCUCCUCAAAAUUGUUCUGGACUGAGAACCUGUGGACAGUGUUUAGAACAGCCUGGAUGUGGCUGGUGCAAUGAUCCUAGUAAUACUGGAAGAGGACACUGUAUUGAAGGAUCUUCACGGGGACCAAUGAAGCUUGUUGGAAUGCACAACAAUGAAAUGGUUCUUGACACCAAUCUUUGCCCCAAAGAAAAGAGCUAUGAGUGGUCCUUUAUCCAGUGUCCAGCUUGCCAGUGUAAUGGACAUAGCACUUGCAUCAAUAAUAAUGUGUGUGAACAGUGUAAAAAUCUCACCACAGGAAAGCAAUGUCAAGACUGCAUGCCAGGUUAUUAUGGAGAUCCAACCAAUGGAGGACAGUGUACAGCUUGUACAUGCAGUGGCCAUGCAAAUAUUUGUCAUCUGCACACAGGAAAAUGUUUCUGUACAACUAAAGGAAUAAAAGGUGAUCAAUGCCAAUUAUGUGACUCUGAAAAUCGCUAUGUUGGUAAUCCACUUAGAGGAACAUGUUAUUACAGCCUUUUGAUUGACUAUCAGUUUACCUUCAGCUUAUUACAGGAAGAUGAUCGCCACCACACUGCCAUAAACUUUAUAGCAAACCCAGAACAGUCGAACAAAAAUUUGGAUAUAUCAAUUAAUGCAUCAAACAACUUUAAUCUGAAUAUUACAUGGUCAGUUGGUUCAACAGCUGGAACAAUAUCUGGGGAGGAGAUUCCUAUAAUUUCCAAGACUAAUAUAAAGGAAUACAGAGAUAGUUUUUCCUAUGAAAAAUUUAACUUCAGAAGCAAUCCUAACAUUACAUUCUAUGUGUAUGUCAGCAACUUUUCCUGGCCUAUUAAAAUACAGAUUGCAUUCUCACAACACAAUACAAUCAUGGAUCUUGUGCAGUUUUUUGUCACCUUCUUCAGUUGUUUCUUAUCCUUGUUACUGGUGGCUGCUGUGGUAUGGAAGAUCAAACAAACUUGCUGGGCUUCUCGACGGAGAGAGCAACUGCUUCGAGAACGACAGCAGAUGGCCAGCCGUCCUUUUGCUUCUGUUGAUGUAGCACUGGAAGUAGGAGCUGAACAAACAGACUUUCUGCGAGGGCCAUUAGAGGGGGCGCCCAAACCAAUAGCCAUCGAACCAUGUGCUGGGAACAGAGCUGCUGUUCUGACGGUGUUUCUUUGUCUACCACGAGGAUCAUCAGGUGCCCCUCCCCCUGGGCAGUCAGGCCUUGCAAUUGCCAGUGCCCUAAUAGACAUUUCACAACAGAAGCCUUCAGAUAGUAAAGACAAGACUUCCGGAGUCCGAAAUCGAAAACACCUCUCAACACGUCAAGGAACUUGUGUCUGAGAAAUGGAAACCGCUCCUGUAUAUUCUGUAAUGUUCUAUUUUGUAAAUGGCUUCUGUUAAAAGCUGUUCUAUGGCCUCAGAUUUUAUGGAGGUAAAUCUCUGCAUCAUCCAGGACUCAAGUACAGUUUCCUCCAAAUGGGCAAUCUCCCAAGUGGCCAAAGAAUGUUCUUGAGUUUUAUAAAAGUAACAAUAGAGAUGGUCACAGGUGAUAAAGUCAGUUUUUACAACUAUGUUAGGCUUAUUAUAGCUACCAUUAAAUAACUCUGGAAAAAGAUGUAUAUUGUUUCUUAAUGCAGAUGAAAAAUAUGUAAUUCGUAUAAAUCAACUGUUUAUAUCCAAGACUUUAAAGAAAGACAUUUUAUAAUGCCUGACUGAUAAGAACUGUACAGUUUUUGCCUCAUAAGCAAUCUUAAAUCACCUGUUUAUGAACAGGAAAUGGACAAAUUGCAAUGGCUUUAAAUGCUGUUUUAUCUUAUUGUAAAUGUGAAAGCAAGAUUUUGAUUUAGUAGGAUGUAGAUAAUGUAUUUAAAUAUUUCACAUGACCAUAUCAUGUCCAAACUCGGUUUGAAAACGUGACAGUCUUCCACCUAACUGGAAUGCAGACCAGACUGAGUCCAUUUGGAUGGAUGGUCGGAACAACUUCACAGGAAGUUUAUUAGAAUUCUGAGUGUGGAGGACAUUCCUGUCGCCCAUGCCAACUGCCUAAUUCAUUAUCAGAACUGAUAGAGCAUGGAGAAGCCUGUCCAGCAAUCAAUUUUUCCUCUCCUUCCAAAACACAGCCUCCAACACCACAACGUGAAGAGGGCUGCGACAGUUACGUUUCAGUGUGCAAGCUUCUGCUCCAAUGUGGUAGUGGUUCUAAUUGCCUCGGAAUCACUGGAUCAGACCUAAAUGAUCCAUCUGCAUUUUUGUCAGAACAAAUAAUUUUCUUUUGGCCUUCCCCUCCUAACUGCUAGAUUUUAUCUAGCUUUUACAAAUGUUAUGAAAUGUAUUUUAGAGGUGACCCCUCUCAAGUUAUGAUAGGACCCAACUUCCUUCCUGCCAGCUAUUUCCCGCAGAGUACAAGCAGAGGAUCGCACUCGCUGGCGGACAGCAAAAAGCAUUCCUGCUUCUAACGUGAACGCGUUGGUGUCUAAAAUCUACAUUUUAGAAAAUAUUUUCAUUAUUGCCCACAUUCAGCUUAUCCUUAAUGACUCAAAACUCUGAAGUAUGGCAGAAAGGAAAAAUACAGUAAAACUGCCUUCACACUGGAACGUAGAAUCAUUUGUGUCUAAUACUGACCACGGUUCACUAAAACUCAGUAGCAUUAACAGAAUCAGUUUAGAAUUGCGUUUCCUAACUUUAGGGUGACUACAGGAUAUAUGUGAGAACUGUGAGGGAGAUUUCCAAAGCUGCUGUAUACGAUAUAGUUUGGUUCGGUAUGAAAGUAAUUUAAAUAUAAUUGAUGUUUAGUACUAUAUAUGUACUUUUCACGUUCUUUGGAUUUCUGGAAGGUAAUGACACUUUACUGUUUACAGCUAAUGCAUAGUUACUUGCAUGCCAUGGUUGUACAGUAGCAAAAUAAGACUCUAUUGUGAUAUUAAAUGUUUAUUUCAUAAGGCCAUUUAUACAUAGCUUAAUUUGAUGAGGAUUGAAUGUAAUAUAUAACAGGAAUGAUCAUACAAUACGUAGUUGCAUCUUAUAUAAGAUUGCUAGGUUGCAUCUAACCAUGACUAUGUCAUUAUUUUGAUAAUUAGGCAUUUAUGAAUUAUAGUAUAUAUUCCUUAUGCUGGCAUGAUAAUUUUGCUAUUUUCCAUGCAUUAAAAAUAAGACAAAUUCUUA